GAGAGAUUUUGGCUGCCGUCAUGAGAUGAAUUUGUCAUAGCCAAUCGUAGAAGUGUCUCCCUUCUUGUUUUGCUAUUGCAAUAAUAUACAUAGAAACAAGACGAAGACCACCUGAGAAGUGGUUUCUUUCACGAAUUUUCCAUUUCAUGAUGGACGUUGUGUAGUUCGGUGAUUUUACUUUGUUUCUCAUCUUAUGUGCUGCUUCCGUUUCGAUUUCUAAGUUUCAUUUUGCUUUCGAAAUUUUGCAUUUUCUUUUCGUGCGGUCGUGACCGGCGUCGCGAAGAAGUACUACUAGAGAUGAUGUAGACGUGUUGGCCUUGGCAGCAGUAGACUUGGUCCGCUUCUUCAUUCACUUUUUUCCUCGAGCUUCGUCGCCCUGUAGGUGUAGUGCCUACGUUUUUCCAGCACUACCGACUUAGUGGCCAGGAUCGCACCGACCAUGCCCGGCACAGCGACUACCACCGAGCUGCUGUUCUAUCCGGAGGAGGAUGAAAAAUCCGAGAAGGACAGAAAAGUUGGAUUUUGGGAAAUCGCUUCGAUUGCAAGUUUCAAUUUUCCCUUCGGCGCGCUCUGCGGACCCAUGGGCGUCGCGAUCUUGCCCCUGGAGGCCGAACGACUGGCGCCGGAUAUCACAGUGAAAAGUGUUAACGUUAACGAAACUUGUCAUGCAGUAAUGCACCACAAAACAUGCCUGAAUUUGUAAUGCAUAGCAUGCAUAUUGGGCUACAUUUGUGAUGCAUGACUGCAAUCUGUGAAAAUUUAACAACGUCAACACUUUUUCUUGUGAUACCGGAAUCGUCCAGCAUUAUGCUUGGCUUCAUGAUGGGCAUAGUCGGCGUUACGCAGCUCGUAUGCCCACUAGCUGGCAUCCUGAGCGACAUGCAUCGCAGCAAAAUGGGGAAGAGGCGCCCCUUUGUUUUCGGUAUAUUAAUAGUGUUACCAAUGGGUGGAAGUUCGGGUUCACCCGGCGUUUAAGUCGCGCAGAUCAUGUCAUUCUCAGUGUUCAUUCGCGUACUUUGUCUGCUAUGACAAAAAUUGUUUGUGUUUCGCGAUUUGAUUGGUUUGGGCCCACCGUUGAAAUAUCUGCCUUCACCAGACGACCACUAGCUCCAAAUCCUCCGGCGCUUUCAGGUGGCGGCAUCGUGACGGUUGUGAGUCUGGCCGGGAUGUGGUUUUGCUCGCUGGAAAAGAUGAAGUACGAAUUCAUUAUCUGCCUCGUUGCGUCCAUGACGGGACUGAACGUGGCGUACACCGCUUCCUACGGACUGGUACCGGACCUGAUCCCCACCAAGGACCAGGGCAUGGCCAGCGGCAUCGUGGGCGGGCUCCAGCUGUUCGGCAGCCUGACCGGGUUCAUCUUCCUGAUCGUCACCUACAGCUACGACUACCACAUAAAUUACCUCCUCUACGCCAUCUACCUGGUCAUGUCGCUCCUCCUGAUCGCCGUCGUCGCACAGGAAGAGGACACCAGCAACUUGAUUCGCCCGCCCUUCAGUUGGCGGCAGGUGCUAAGCUCCUAUACCAUCGACUGCUCCGAGAGUUACGACUUUCUCUGGGUCUUCGUCGGGCGGACGUUUUACUACGUGGGCAUUUCCUGCCAGAGCUUCGUGCUGUUCUUCGUCCGCGACGUGAUCAACGUGGAGGAGGUGAGUGCGCAAAAGUACCACGUGGGCGCGAUGGCGCUGCUGGCGCAGCUGGUCGGCGGUGUGGUCGCCGUGCACGCGGGGAAGCUAUCGGACAACAAGUAUUACAAUGAAAAAUGUCCCCACACCCGAACUUGGGAGCAUUUGUAUUGCAAACCUUUCCAAAUGAAACAUUCGCUCUGUUGCAUCUAUCAGCAUCACAGGUUUCCAAUCGUGAAUAGCAAAAAUUUGUAUUGCAAAAGACCCCAGCAAGAGCGGCGCUUGUCAUGCAAGCGAUGCGAUACACGAACACGCCUAGACUCUGCAUCAGAAAGAUUCAUACUCCUUUCAUGCAUGACAAAAAGUUUUCAUUUAGAAACUUCGCAUCACAAAUUUUUGCAUCACAAAUUUUUGCAAUUUCAGGGGUGGGGGGCACUUUUCACUGUAAUAGCAAGUAUUUCGGCCGCAAACGCUUGGUGUACGCCGCCUGCACCAUCAUGGCCUGCGUGUACGUGCUGUGGAUGGCCACCCCGUGGAUCUUCCGGAACGAGAUCCGGUUUUACCUGAAUCACCUGGAUUUCGACCAGUACUUUAAGAAAUUUUUGCCCAAACGGGCAAGACAGUACUUGACACAGGACUACGUGUACGGGAGCAGCGGUAGCGCGGAAGACGCGAGCGGGCCACUGGAGGGCAGUAUGGCGCACGCCAGCAUGUCCUACAAGAAUUACAAUGCCGCUGCAGUAGAUGGAGGUGGGGAGGAUGAUGUGAUUGGCCUGGGAAGGACGGAAAAUGGAGGAGAAGACGGAAAAGCAGCCUCCUCGUCAAGCAGAGAAAGGAGGAGAGACUUGGCCGCUAAAACGUCCGCGAAAAAUAAUGAAUCCCGACCGCGCAACGAGUGGCUCGGGCAGGGGGAAAAGCUGCUGCGGCCAUACGAUAAGGACGCUUCAUCGGUUGUCGAGAAGCAAGGACCAAUAGCAAGCUUUUGGAGUGAUGUGGCAGCCUCCUUCUCCACAGGUAAUGCAAGAAAGAACAGCAGUAGAAGAAAAAGAAGAAAGCUCGACGUCGAGAAGACAACUGAAAAAGAAACCCGUGAUAAGGAAAGCAGUCCAGAGGAAGCGCAGGAAGAGUCCGAGUUUUCAGCGCUGAAUAUGGCACCAACGUCCUACCGCAACACCUUGCCUGCCGCUAGCGGCGCCGCCGCCGCUGCAUUGGUAUAGUGGAGUCUUUCAGGUUUGGUGAAUAACAAAAUGCUGCGAAUUUGGAGAUCAUCGAAUUUCCAGAAAUCUCAAUCUUCUGGAUAAAAUAAAAGUACCUACGUGAGAUACGUACUUCGCUCGUACGCUUUUCUCGCAUCAGACGAGCACUGUUUAUUGCAAACUCGAGGAUGAGGCUGAGGACUUGUUAAAUCACUCGAAAUCAUAAAAAAACUGCAUCAGGCCGAGGCAAGCGUGGACAGCAGCAAUACCAACACCGCACCAACGGACCCGGAAACAACUACGGUCAGCACGACCGUGCAGGAUGACGUGGAGGACAGCCCGGAGUGGGGCGUGUUUAACCUCCCCGGGAACAGUCGCACGACCCAGGGGAUGGAGCUGAUGUUUCUCUAUAUCCUGAGUGAAAACGUCCCCACACCAGAGUUGUAAUGCAGAUUUGCAAGCACAGGAGCACAUCCCCAUGAGAGGCAUUUCCCAUCGUGUUUUGGAACUUGUAAUGUUGCAAACAGGAUGAGGAGAUGGAUUUGUUAUGCGGCUUCCCUUGCUAAGCUGCACUACAGUACAGCAUGCAACUUGUCAUGCGUGACCCCCAAAACUUCAAGGUUUGUGUUGCAAAAUCCCCAUCUUGACUCUGGUGUGGGGACGUUUUUAAAUAUGAUACUCUACGGCUGCAUGGCGGUUUACGGUGUGGGCAACGGGGCCUACCUAGCCGUCGACCUCGCGCUUGCUUUGGACUGCCUGCCCGAUCCGGAGACCUCGGCGCAAUCGCUCGGCAUCUGGGGCGUGUCCGCCUUUCUGGGUCUCGCGAUCGGGCCGCUAUUGUGGGGGUAAGUCGCUGAUGUUGUGCUGCGCAAAGUGAUCUAUCGAUCGCCGGAAAUUUUCACCGUGACCGGGCUAGCGCGGGCACUUUUUGGGAAUCGCGGCGCGGUGGUGAAAUCACAAGCGCCCUGCGUUUCCCCGAGCUAAUGCUCGCCGAAGGCCUUACCGAAAAUGACACAUCUUUGCAAAAAAAGCAGCCGGAGACUUUCUCCGUGACCGGGCUAACGCGGGCACUUUUUUGGAAUGGCAGCGCGCUGGUGAAAUCACAGGCGCUUUGCGCUUCCCCGAGCUGUUUCGUGCCAAAAGCCCUACCCGGGAAGGCGUUUUUUUUCAAAAAAAGCAGCCGGAAAUUUUCUCCGUGACCGGGCUGACGCGGGCACUUUUUUGGAAUGGCGGCGCGCUGGUGAAAUCACAGGCGCUUUGCGCUUCCCCGAGCUGUUUCUUGCCAGAAGCCCUACCCGGGAAGGCGUUUUUUUUCAAAAAAAGCAGCCGGGAAUUUUCUCCGUGACCGGGCUAACGCGGGCACUUUUUUGGAAUGGCGGCGCGCUGGUAAAAUCACAGGCGCUUUGCGCUUCCCCGAGCUGUUUCUUGCCAAAAGCCAUACCCGGGAAGGCGUUUUUUUUCAAAAAAAGCAGCCGGAAAUUUUCUCCGUGACCGGGCUAACGCGGGCACUUUUUUGGAAUGGCAGCGCGCUGGUGAAAUCACAGGCGCUUUGCGCUUCCCCGAGCUGUUUCUUGCCAAAAGCCGUACCCGCGAAGGCGUUUUUUUUCAAAAAAAGCAGCCGGGAAUUUUCUCCGUGACCGGGCUAGCGCGGGCACUUUUUUGGAAUGGCAGCGCGCUGGUUAAAUCACAGGCGCUUUGCGCCUCCUCGGGCUGUUGCUUGCCAAAAGCCGUACCCGGGAAGGCGUUUUUUUUCAAAAAAAAGUGCCGGAAAUUUUCACCGUGACCGACCUAAGGCAGUCACUUUUGAAAAAUGGAUCCUCAAAUGGGCUUUCUUUGUGUUUUGCAGAAGAGACAGGGUAUUGAGCAAAAGACAACGUCGAACGAAAACGAAAACGGCAGUUGUGAUGUUUCAGUUACUGCAUGCAAAAAAAUUCCAAUCUACCUCCAGGUCCGCGCUGGAACUCUCCGGUGGCGAAACUAUUGGGGAUGUGCGGGUCUACCCCUACACGGGCUACGCCUAUAUGCUGCUUGGCGGUUGUGUGUUUUGCUUCCUCUCUGGUGCCGUGGUGCGAAAAAUCAAGAAAAGCACGUAAGUAGAUCAGAAAGGGAUGGCGCACACGCGGGAAAGCCGAUGUGAAAAAUACUGACGCAGAUGUUGCUUUGACCUGUGCUGCUACAAUGAAAUACGCUUUUUCUGGGUGUGAUUCUCAUUCAUUGUAUACGAAAACUGACCAACGAGUAGUGACUCGCUGUGAAGUAAGUUGUGCAGACUCAAACCACCGUCAUCUCCAUGUUUUGCACGCGACUCCUUUCAGCCGUCCUCCUACAACCACAAAUGUUGUUUAAGCUCUCACUCGUUCAUCUCUUGCAGAAUUCAUUGUGCAUCGUUUUUCUUUGGUGCUUCACGUUUCCUGU